AUGGCAUUGAGAGGGAAGCACAGUGCUGAAAAAGAGAUUCGUGGUAAUCAUAUCGAUCAUUACAUGAGGCUUCCUGGGUGGAUGUACAUGCUGAGAGAAAGAAAUCCUGGAUCCAUAGUGCGUCUUGAGUUGGACAAUGAUCAGAAAAGCUUCAAGUACCUAUUUAUCGCGUUAAGUGCAACUAUAAAAGGAUGGAAGUAUAUGCGUAAAGUUGUUGCUGUUGAUGCGACAUUUUUGACAAGCAAAUACAAGGGAGCAUUGGUCGUGGCAACCGCACAGGAUGGAGAACAUCACCAAUAUCCUUUAGCAUGGGGUGUGAUCGAUAGAGAGAAAGACGCUUCAUGGAGGUGGUUUAUGAAUAGGUUGAGCGAAGUAAUACUAGAUGGACCUGAUGUGGUUCUGAUAUCCGAUAGGCAUAAAAGUAUAAUGAAAGCUGUAAGAGAAGUAUAUAAACAAGCUGAUCAUGGUUUUUGUGCAAGGCACAUAUCGCAAAACUUGAAAUCACAUGUUAAUAGGGGAGCCGGAAGAAAGGGUUCAAGAGGUGAAACCGUGGCUAAAUUGUAUCCCAAAGCGGCGGAGUACGUGCAAAAAGAAGAACUUGCUCCGGAGAAGUGGGCGAGGUAUAAAUUUCGGACUGAGAGAUACAACUUAUUAACCACCAAUGGUGCCGAAUCAAUCAACUCCGUUUUGAAGAAGGCCAAAAGGUAUCCGCUACUCAGUCUGCUUGAUAUUUGUGUCUCGAAGACGGCAGAAUGGUUCAGUAGGUACAGGGUGGAAGCAUGUGGUGCUGAUGAUUCUCAAAAGUUAACUCCGUAUGUGUACAAAGUGCUGCAUGAACGGUUUGAGAAGGCCUGUACGUAUGAAGUUAUUGAACUUAACAGGUUGAGUGGAAUGUUUGAGGCAAGGGAUGAAAAAGGUAGAAGAAACUUGGUAAAUCUUGGUGAUAGAACCUGUAGUUGCAAAAAGUUUGAUGUGGACAGCUUUCGAUCGAAUAAUGCUCAACGACUUUCAACCCUGAUUCCUCCUCCGAACCAUUUGUAUGAUCGUACAUUACACUCCCAAAGCGUUGAAUUCGUGAAAUUCGAUCAGUGGGACCAGUGGGACCAUUGGGACCGCCAGGAUGUGAUAAAAGUGAACAGGGGAGCCAAACAAGCUUUCGAUGGAAUAAUGCUCAACGACUUUCAACCCCGGUUUCUCCUCCGAACCAUUUGUAUGAUCGUACAUUACACUCCCAAAGCAUUGAAUUCGUGA